UUGUCUUUAUUGCGUAAUUUUUAACGCAUGCGCAAAUUUGCCUUGUACACGAGGGUUGCGUUAGACUUGAAACUGCGGCAAAAAUUCGUCUUUAUUUUUUAGAUUUGUGAGUAAUUAUGGACUUAAGUGAUAAAAAUAAUGACUAUGAAGACCGCUACGGUAAUUCUUUACCGAAUAUGGAUUUCUCUGGUGGUGCUAGAUCACAGGCCAUGUCACCGUAYUUGAACAUUGAUCCAUCAUAUCUGAACCAGGGUGGAGCAGAGUUUGUUUUUCCUACUGACAGUAAAAAGAGAAGACAGUGGAAUGAAAGAAUGUUUAGUGGUAUAGGGACAUCAUAUUUAUUAGGUUUAGGUACUGGAGGCGCAUUUGGUCUUUAUGAAGGACUGAGAAACCCUGAUGGAAAAACAUUUAAACUACGAUUAAACAGUGUUCUAAAUGGUUGCACAAGAAGAGGUCCUUUCCUAGCAAACAGUCUUGGUAUUCUGGCUUUAAUGUACUGUAGCUUAGAUAGUCUYGUUGAAAAGGUACGCGGUGAAGAAGAUCARUUCAAUUCCAUAGCRGCUGCAGCWGGAGCAGGCAUGAUAUUCAAGUCUACAGCUGGCAUACGACCAAUAGCAAUAGCAGGAGCUAUAGGAGGAUCUCUUGCCGCAGCCUAUCACUUUGGUGAAAAACUUCUAGAGGGGAGAGGACAGACAGUUUCAUCAACCCCUAAUUGGGCUUAAUGAUAUUUAUGUACUUUCAAAAUGAUAUUYGUACAAAACAUUUUAAAAAAACUUAAGGACUUCAGUGGUCUUCAAACCUGCAUAUAAAAAACUAUUACAAUGGAACCGAAAAGGGAUUGAAAUAUGAGUUAGACCAAAAGGAAUUUUCAGUAAGAUUUUCAGUGGGGUUUUGUGAAGAGAAUAACAGUCUUCAAUGGAUGGUUUGUGACUGCUUGUCAAGAAUGGACAAUUGGUUAAUGGAAUGAAAUGGAAUAAAGAUGUGAAUGGGUGAAAGAAAUCACCAUCAAGAAGUUUGGAAAGCUGGAAUAGAAAUGAUUAUACAGAAGAUGAAACAGUUGAACAAGAUGACUGUUCUGGAMCUUGAGUUUGGGUCAAACUUUGGAUCAGGAAACUUUGUUUUGAAGUUGUUCUGCACUCAAUACUAAAUUAGCAUGMCCAUGGAAAAGGAAUAUCACCAACUAAAGAUACUAGUUGAAUGUUAGAAGCAACAGAAUAAAGCAAAAUAUAAAAGGACAAAACAUGCGAAAAAUAUGAACCUUUGAAGAAGAUGAACAGAUUCAAGSAUUUGUGAAUUUCUGGGKCUGAUUGUAUUAAAGAUGAAAAAGUCUAUCUACUGGUUGAAGAAAUCCUUAUUCAGUGGUUAAAAUYCAUACAAAAUCAAUGGAUUKGAUGGAUUKAUCAACCGUACAACUGGUGACCCCCAGUAUUUAAUUGUAUCAUAAAAGUUUUUCUGUUGGAAAAAAGCUGAGUUCCUUUCGUGAAUGUCUGAAAAUUAUUCUAGUCUGAAUGCAUAAGUCUAAGCAAUAAGGAAAAUCGCUCCAAAUUUACAACCCAUUCUUUUAUUGUGAUAUUUAACACCUAUAUAUUAGUAAGAAAAGAAAAGCUCACUCCAUGUACAUAACAAAUGAUAAACAUUUUAUUUCAAACGUGAAAAUUAAACUUGGUUUCAACAC